AAGGGGAGGAUCCCGCCCCCAUCCGCCGGCCGGUCCCGCCAUGGCGCGGGUUCUGAUCGUGGGCGCGGGGCUGACGGGCAGCCUGUGCGCUGCGCUUUUGCGCAGGGAGCUGCCGCAGCGCCUCCUGCGCAUCGUGCUGUGGGACAAGGCGCGUGGGGCAGGGGGAAGAAUGGCUACAAGCCGCAGCACUCAGGAUCCGAAAUGCACGGCAGAUCUAGGAGCCCAGUACGUCACUCGGAUGCCCGAAUAUGCCAAAAAGCAUCAAGGCUUUUAUGAAGAUCUGCUGACUCACGGAGUGCUGCGGCCAUUGACUGCCCCUGUAGAAGGAAUGCAGAUGAAGGAAGGGGCGGAGAAUUUUGUAACACCAGAGGGAAUUUCAUCAAUUGUGAAGCACUAUUUAAAGGAGUCAGCAGGUGCUGAUAUCUUCUAUAACCACCACGUUACACAAAUCUGCCUCAGAGAUGAGAAGUGGGAGGUCUCCAUCAAUACAGGCUCCUCAGACCAGUUUGACAUAGUUAUUCUCACAAUGCCUGUCCCACAGAUUCUUCAGCUUCAGGGAGACAUUGUGAACUUAAUUAACAAAAGUCAAAGGCAGCAACUGGAAUCUGUGAGCUACUCCUCUCGUUAUGCUCUAGGCCUUUUUUAUGAAGCCGGCACACAGAUUGAUGUCCCUUGGGCAGUACGGUACAUCUCCGAUAAUCCCUGCAUACGCUUCAUCUCCAUUGAUAAUAAGAAGCGCAAUACAGAAUCACCUGAUGUCGCUCCAUCUGUUGUUGUUCACACCAGCGUUCCCUUUGGAACUAGCCACUUGGAGUCAGACAAGGAGAAGGUUCAGCAGUUGAUCCUAGACCAGCUGAAAGAUGUUGUACCUAGCUUGCCUAAACCAGCCAGCAUCAAGUGCCAUAGGUGGAGGUAUUCUCAGGUUACCAAAGCUUUCCCUGGCAGUCCAGGACAAAUAACUCUCCAUAGGAAACCGUUUCUUGUCUGUGGAGGUGAUGGAUUUAUUCAUUCCAACUUUGAUGGGUGCAUAGAUUCAGCAAUGAGUAUUGUGCAGGCUUUGAAGUCCAGUUUGUAGGGUUUUUCAUAAUUUGCUUGUUUGUUUCCUGCCCCACCCCAUACCAUCUUAUUUCUAUGACGAAUUAUAAAAUACACUAAAGCUCGAUAUACUUGACCUACUUGCCCUCUAUUUUAAGGAAAUAAAUCAUGAGAAGUCUGCAGACGUUUCACAGAUUUAUUGCAAUAGUUGGAAAUGUUGUUUAUUUAUUUGCUGUGCCUUGAAGACACUCACUGUGAUAACUUUUCUGGCUUCACAGAAUGUCAGACAUACAUAAAAAUGGUUGUAUGCCUUCUGUCUUCACCCAAAUUUCCCAGAUCUGGGCAAAACAUUUCCACCAAUUUUAGAUGGGUAAGGUGGAGGAAACCUUAGACUACCUCCUUAAUUAUUAUAGGAACCAACCACCAAAGAACAGCAAGCCAGUGUGGUAAAUGGGUAGUUGUGUGAGUCUAACUGGGUUUUAACAUCUUAAGACGUCACAUGAUGCAGCCACCAUGCUGGGUGCAGUGAGGGCCUAGAUGGGAGGCCACCUGGAAAAAACAGUAUAUUGAGUUCCACAAUGGAACAAAGUUGGGAUAUACAAGCCAUGGUGGUGUGGCUUUCCUGCCCAUGUUCACACACUAAUACGGUCUUGCAAAAUGUUCAAGUUGCCAAAUCCUGGGGAAGCCAAACACAGCUUCUAUUUCAAAAGAUGCUUUGGAUGUUUCUCUCUUGCACAGAAAUGACAUGAACCAGUUCUCUACGCAGUGAUGUCAAGGAGGUGCAAAAUGGGAAGGUGGUGUGGUGACAGAACAGGAAGUGCAGGGGAACUGAUGAAACCUUUUCCUGUGCAGCAAGGUAGCUCCUAAAGUCUCUCAUAGUACCUCGUGGCCUUGCACUUUUUUACCGUUUUACCAUGUGAAUGCGAAGGAAUGUCACCUCAUGGUGAUUAUUCCACCUUUUUAAAAUGGCCACCUAAAGUCACUAUUACCAAACAAAGGCCUUCUGGGAUAAUUGUAGAAUUGUGUGGUUUCACUGAAGAGCAUAUAUCAGAAUAUUUUGUGGCUUGAGUUUUCAUCUCAGACAUCACCAUUUAUUUCCCUCAACAUAUUGCUCGCUGGAAUAUACUGUAGUUUGAGAAUCACUGAACGAGAUAAUAAUAAUAAUGUGUCCUAAAACAAUUAACAGUUUGUGAUUUUUUAAAAGCCAUUACCCUGACUUAUUUACCACAGUUUUUUGUUGUAUACAGGCAGUGGCUUUGUAUGCACAGUAUCUAAGGAAUCUACCAGAACGGCAGAGCUAUUCAGGCGGCAAUUCUAUACCCAUUUACCUGGGAGUGAGUCCAUUAAACUUAGUGGGACUUACUUAAUCAUAGACAUGUAGAGGAGAGCACUGUUACCCCAUUUCCUCUUUGAUAGUGAAUGAAAAUGCCUUGCUUUUUCUUAUCCUGUAUGUUGUCUGGCCAACAAACAAUCUGACCAUGCACAAUAAGGAAAGAAUUAAGAGGAUUUGAAAGAAACUUAAGUCGAUUUAUGUUUCUUCCAGCAAUCACAUUUUACUAGAAUUGUUAUCUUGAAGUGUCCGCUAACAUAUACUCGCUUGCAUCUGGGCUGCUGCAACUUUCAGUGUAGCAGACAAAAACAAAACUGGGAGACAAUUGCAAUAGCUCAGUUGUUUGCUAGAUGAGUCUGUGAGUUCCAGGACUGUGAUUCUUAAACUGUUGCAGAGUCCACAGCAACUUGGAGGUUGUCCCUAAGAUCACGAUGGAAAUAGAGGGAAAUGCUGAAAUAUGGUAUCUGCCUGUAUGGUGGGGGAAAAAACCAAUUGGUUUUGUUGCUGGUGGUGGUGUUGAAAAUGUGAAGUUGAAAAGCAGCUUGGCUUUUCAGCAGCACGAGUGCCUACAACAGAAACCUCAAUAAAACUUCAUGCCAUGUGCCUGGUCCUCCUCAGUAAUCUGACUGGUAGGUAGGGUAGGAAGAACGCAGUUCCUUGCACCCAGAACGUUGUGAGGAAAAAAUGGCAGCCAUGAUAACCACCUCUUCUACACACUGUGUUCAAAAGGGAGGUGAAGGAUUCCCACUGUGACUGAGACACAUAACAGACAAACACACAAAAUUGACAACAAACCUUGAAGAAAUUGUUCCCCCAAAUUUAUCACAAGUGAACAGAAAUUCAGAAUUUUGAGGCCAUUUGGUUUUGGCCCCAUUAAGCACUCCUAUGGCCCUUCCCAGAAACACUUAUGAGUGUGUAUUUGUCUUUUAUGGAAAACCCAUCACAUCAGCCCAUUUCCUAAAAACAAAACAAAAACCCAAUCUUUAGGAAAUUGACAGAACCUAAUCGUUUUUAUUUUUAAGCAUAUGUGUGUUCAGCUGGGAAAUGGGGUUAGUAGCUGCGUGAUAUAAUGCAUGUUGGCUAGUAAGCACAGCCUUUGCCGAAAUAAAACUUUACAAUGCUGUGUUGGGAAAGCUUAAUUAACAAACUGUCAGCCCACAUGUCCUGUUCAGGAGCUGAGGAUGACAAAUGAUCACAAGUGAGCAGUAAUUUUUUUCCCACCUUGAAUGUUUUCUGCAAACAGGAAAUUACCUUGCCAAAAAAGAAGGGGGGUAUAAAGAAGCUAUUUUAACAUUGUUAAAAUCCUUUGAAAAAUAAAUGUUUUGUUGAGACCAGCAUUGACAUUUUGAUCAGAGAAUUUGGGGGCAGGGGUUGAUCCUCGCAGUGAGAGGAAAAUUAAUCUACUCAUCUGCAUUUACAUGGAGAUAUUACAUGUGGAGUGGAGCUGUUAGAGAAGAGCACAUCACUCGAAUUUUGAGAGGUCUGUGUUGGCAGCCAGUGACAUAUCAGGCCCCCUUUCAGGCAUUGGUACUAGUGUACAAAGCCCUAAAUGACUUGGAAUCCAAGGAGAGCCUUCCUCCAUAUGCCCAGAUUUAGGGAAGGCGGACUUCUCUCAGUGCCACCCCUGUGGCAAGGAGGACAGGGAUGCAGCAGAGGUCUUUCACUGUGGGACCAUCUCCAACCUCUGGAAUUCCUUUCCAUGGGAAGUAAAACUGUCCUCUUCCCUGUCCAUGUUAACAGAAAUUUGAAGACAUUUUUAUUUGUCCAAGCCUUUGUAAGGAAAUAGGUAUCGUUAAGCUAUGGAAUUUUAUGACUGUCAUGUUAAUUUAUGGACACUGGAUAUUGUUUUGUUUGAUUUUAUGUUGUUGACAUAAAAAUUUUAUGCUGGAGCUUUUUUGUGAUCCAGCAGAGCUCUCCUUAUACUCUUGGUUCUUAAGGAAGCCUGCUCCCAUUUAGAUAGCCCUGAUUUAGUUUCUGUUCCUUGGUCACACUAGAAUGUGACAUAAUAUUCAGAGAAUAAGACAAAAAGUUUGAAGCUGGAUUUGAUGUAUAUAAAAAUCUGCAUUGAAGAAGACCAAGAUUCAUCUGUGCCACAUAAAAUCUCCAGAAUCUUCUACUGAUACUUAAGCACCUGUUCAAAUAUUAAGGAUAUAUUCCUUAAAGGUUGCAAGUUGCUUUCUGACCUGAUGAAGGCUGUGUGGUUUCAGAUUAUAGACAGGUAGGAUAUACUUCUACAGAUAAGGAGCAUAUUAUUAUUUUUUAAAGGAAAGAUACUUUAUUUGGUUUUGUAAUUUUGUGUUUUGUUUUAUUUGCAUGUAUUUAGGUUAUGGUUUGUAUGUUUAAUUCUGUUUGUAUGUAAUCUAAUAUAUUUGAGCUAUGAAACUUCAAAGAAUUUGGGUUCGGGAGGGUUAAAAAAGAGAUUACCCCCCCCAAAAAAAGAAAUCAGGGUGGUAGAAGGGAAAAAUAUGGUUCUUGGUGUGGUACACAUUUCAGAUCAAAGCAGAGGAAUAGAAUUUCCACAGACCCAGAAUCUUGUGGUCUUAACUAACAUCCUAGCAUAGAUUCGCAUCCAAGAUAUUUGUGGAAGAUCAAAUUCACUGGUGUCAUCAGUCAUGACUUCAGAGCAGAAGUCCAGGGCCCCACUCUGCCGAAUGAGCUAGAGGUUCCGAAAAACAGCAAGGCUGGCUUAAUACAUUUUAAAGUAAGUGAAAUAAUACUCAGAACCAUCUAAAAAGCCACCCAGGUAAGACUAUGAAAUCCAAUGUCUAAAAUCACCUCUGUUCCUAUUAUUUCUUAACUUUCACAUUAUUUAUUUACUCUUAAUUGUUGAAAAUAUAAAUGGAUUUACCAUCUCUACACUGUGACAUAUGAGUUUCAUCAUUAGAGGGGGGAAAGUAAACUAAGUCAAACUUAAGCUGCGGGUGUUUGUUAUAAGGAAAGCUGUAAUGUAUGGACUGUAGGCUUCUUUUCUGCUAAGGCCAUUCGCAAUGUAUUUUGGAGGGAUGCAAAAGCUCAUAUUCGCUAUUACAGACGGGUGUUUAUCAGUUGUGCAUCAGAGCUGCAUCAACUUGUCAUCAUAAAUCUGCCCAACUUUCAAAAAUGUUCAGAGAAACCAACUGGGAAAGAUGAGAAAUGUCAGAGAGGGUAAAAAUAGAAGAUGAAAAAAAGAUGAAAGAUAGUUGGUUUUUAGGUCCUAAACAAGGCUUUGUGAGGGGAGAUGAAAACCAACAUAGGCCUCGCAAUGGAUUUGGCCACUGAAAAUCUUGUUCCCUAAAGUCUUGUUGAAGAGAGAUCUUCCCUUGCUGCUUUCCUUUUUCUUUUUUAAAAAAAGGCAAGCAAGAAGAGGCCUUUGAAGCACACAAUGUGUACACAAUGAAUUACUAGCUUCAUCCAGGUUGAGGCGUGUGUGUCGUGUGUGUGUGUCUGAUCUACAGAUGUGGUGUCUGAAGCAGGCCUGUGAAUCCUACUCUAGCCUUGAAACUUGAGACGUAUCACAGCAUCUCAUAUGUGUUACGUGUGGUAUUUUACACCACCAGCAUCAUUGAACAGAGCCACUGGGGUGUCGUAGCUAGACGGCUGGGGUCCAAAUCCCCACUCAGCCAUAAAGUCUGCUGUGUGUCCUUGGACCACCCUCUCUCUCUCAACCCCACCUAACCUCACAGGGUGGUCAUGAGAAUAAAAUAAAAUAAAAACCAUAUGAUGAGGUUAGAAAUUGUUUUUCUGUAUGGCUAGAGUACCACCAGGUUAAUGAUUUAUUUUUGGCAGAUAAGAAAAAGUUAGGAUUUGAAAAGAAAAGAUCGAAAUUCCAAAUUGAGCUGCUGGAGAGUGAUGUUAAAUUGUUAUCAAAAAUGUACGCUCUGUUACUUAACUGGUAUACAAUGGAUGAGAUAACGAAAGAUUGCAUGAUAAAAUGGGCUAUUGAUCUGGGCUAUAAUAUAGAUUUUGACAAAUGGACAAAACUGUGGAAGGAAAACCUUAAAUUUACAGCAUGCAUAGCAUUAAAAGAAAAUGUACUAAAGAUGGUCUAUCGUUGGUACAUGACGCCAACUAAGUUGGCAAAGAUGUAUAGAAAAAAAGACAAAGCAUGCUGGAAAUGCAAGGCAGCUGAAGGCCAUUUCUACCACAUGUGGUGGACGUGUGACCAAGUCAAAAGCUUUUGGGAACAAGUCUACAAUGAGCUUAAAAAAUUACUUAAAUACACAUUCCCAAAAAGACCGGAGGCCUUUUUGCUAGGGCUGAUGGGAAACGAAAUUCGGAAAAUAGAUCAAAGACUGUUCAUGUACGCCACAGCGGCAGCGAGAAUCCUUCUAGCCCAGAGAUGGAAAACGACUGAAAUGCCCACAAUCGAGGACUGGCGAGUGAAAAUGCUGGAAUACUUAGAAUUGGCGAACCUGACAUGCAGAAUCCGGGACCAGGAGGACACGAAAUUCAGUGAAGAAUGGAACAAAUUUCGGGAGUAUGUCAAGGAGAACUAUAAAAGUUUAAAGACUCUGGCGGGUAUAUGUUAGAACCUACAACGUUGAUGUUUUCAAGUUAUUCUUUUUGGUUAACCAUAUAAGUUGUUAAAGUAGCGAUAUGCUUUUUUAAAAUGCGCAAACUAAAGAGAACUAUACCUACUACCAAAGGGAGGAGGGAAGUCUGAACUUGCAAGAAUUUGAUUAAGAUACAAUGUGGAGAUAUUAAGCUGUUGUAAAGAAUUUAAUGGAAAAAAUCAAUAAAAAUUUAUGGGGAAAAAAAAAGAGAAUAAAAUGGAGAGGGAGAGAAGAAAUACGUAGGUUUAACCACCUUGAACUCCUUGUAUCAAAGGUAGAAUAUAAAUGUAGUAAUAAUAAUAUAAAUGUUUUAAGUGAGUUUCUAGUAUAAAAAAGAAAUCUAAAACAAAUCAAACUUAGGGUUCCAUCAAGCUCACAGUCUCUAUCUACGGAUGUGGUUUAAUUAUGUGUUUAAAAGCAGUGCUCAUCCACACUGUCUUCUGCUGCUCGCAGCCUUACCACUCCUUACUAGGCACAACUUCCUGGUAUAUCCUCUCCAUUUAAACUAAUAAAUUAUUCCAAGUUGCCUGCAAAAGACUUUUGCAGGCAACUUGGAUAUUUUUUUAUAUGUAUAUAUAAUAUUUGACGCAAUGAACCAAGAACUGAAGCAACGGAAAAUGAACAAAGCAUAAAUGGAGUAAUCUAAGGGCUGGUCACACAUGGUUUGCCUGUUAUGUAAGUCAUACAUGCCUUCAUGCUUGGACGCAACGUUCAGCCGUAUGUAUUGUUUCCUACUGCACAUAGAACUUUUAGACUUGCUCAGUUAACUCCAUAGUUGUACAAGACAUUUUUCACAGGAAAUGGGUCCAGGCCACUUCACUUGGUCAGGGUUUGUUUGUUUGUUUAAAUGCUACGUCUUAAAUUUUCCUAUGUACACAAAGGGGAGCUGGCAUGAGUUGCAAGUCACUCCUACAACUCACCACGUGUAAAACCCAUGCAAAUAGGCCCAUGGCUGAACUCAAAAUCGCGCCAUUUAAUACCCUUGGUUGUUGAAACAGAGAAAGUGUUUUGUUAGUUGCGAAAUGUAUAGAAGAAAACUCUCAUGAGGCAGGUAUAUUGAAAGGCUAAACCUUAGCACUGGUUCACAGAAAUGUAUACCCUCAGUUCAAUAUAUUGCAUCAUCAUCACAGAAAUACUAUACACCACGGAUGGAAUCUCCUUGACACCUUGCAUGGACUCAAAAGCAAUGUUUUUCAAAGGAGUCAAGUCACACACUCAGCUACUAGUCCUCAAGCAAAUAAAAAUUAAGUGAUGUCCAUUGUGUAAGCAAGCCACUAAACUUCAACCUAGCCCCCCACCCCACACUUAGGCUGUGUACACACUAUACCUGUAAACAGUGCUUUUUUUUCCUAGAAAACUCACCAAGAAGAUGUUACAGUAAGUGCCACACUUUUUAACAACAACAACAGGAGGUACCGGUACUGCAUACCCUUGAGUACUCUGGGUGGGAGGGGAAGCACUGCCAGUAAAGCACAUUCAAAAUACAUUAUUUCCCUCAAAUUCCAGGUGCUGUAGUUUAUGCCUCACAAAGUUGCCAUUCCCAGCUUGAGAAUGGUCUAUACCCAGUCAGGUGGGAGCUAAUUAAAGCCCUAAAUGGCCUCGGUCCAGUAUACCUGAAGGAGCAUCUCCACCCCCAUCGUUCUGCCCGGAGGCUGAGGUCCAGCACCGAGGGCCUUCUGGCGGUUCUCUCGUUGCGAGAAGCCAACUUGCAGGGAACCAGGCAGAGGGCCUUCUCGGUGGUGGCGCCCGCCCUGUGGAAUGCCCUCCCAUCAGAUGUCAAAGAGAAAAACAGCUACCAGAUUUUUAGAAGACAUCUGAAGGCAGCCCUGUUUAGGAAGGCUUUUAAUGUUUAAUAGAUUAUUUUAUUUCAUUUUUCUGUUGGAAGCCGCCCAGAGUGGCUGGGGAAACCCAGCCAGAUGGGCGGGGUAUAAAUAAUAAUAAUAAUAUGUUGUUGUUGUUGUUGUUGUUGUUGUUGUUACAUAUCUGUAUGGUGGUUGCUCCAGUCAAGGAUGUGAGGAUGAAAUUGACACAUUGAGCGAUUUCACUACUCUUACUGAAAUCCUGUUGGUUUCCCUUGAAAAAAUGUACAGGUGUAUGUUAUGAUUUUAUGAUACUGUAUAGGUGGGAAAUUUCAGGCCCAGAAUCCAAAUACAGCCCCCUCAGUCAUCUCUGUUUCAUCAACAGAGGGCCACCCCAUUUUUUCCCCAGCUUUAGGUGAAAUUUCAGGGACAAUGCUACCUAUGAUCACUAUACCUUUCUUAAACAUUAGCUGAACCUCAGUUAGCAGAAGCACACAGAUUUCGUAACAGUUGUUCCUAAAAUUGCAAAUGGUUACAAGCUGGCAAGUUCCUGUUUGAAAAAUGCAGAACUAGAGGGUUGAUGCAGCGCAGCUCUGUGACAUUAGGUUUUGCUCGUCGCAUCGUAGAACUACAUGCUCCCACCCACCCACCCACCAGAUUUAACCUCACAAACCAGAAGUGAAAUAAUGAAGAGUAAGGCUCAAAUGCCUGUCAUUAAGGCGCAGUUAUGAGUGGGCUAGACAAUAGUGAUUGUGUCUGGCAGAUCAGAUGAUCUGUUUGAGAGAGAAUAAGGGAUCUUCUUCCUGAGCCUGUUUACUCUUGAGCUGGCGAGCAGACAUUCAUGAGAAAUUGGGGGGGGGUGAUUUCCUCCCCACCCCCGUUUCUAAUCCUGGUUCUGAUGUGCAGUUGGUAAGCUGCUUUGCUAAAAUCCAGAGACAUUGAUGAUGUCACCUUCGGCCACUGCCCCCGGCAUUGUAUUAGUUGGAUAAUAGCUGUUUGUUAUGAGUUGCACUUUCAGUCAAAUCAAUCUGUAUCCAGAAUGGUACCAGUAUACUAUUUGGGAAAGUAGCUGGUAUUAAACUGGUUGAUAAAGCAGCCCUACAUCACAGUGCCCGGUGCCAGCUUUGGAAUAGUUUUGUAGUCCCUGAGCCAGCGAGGUUGGUUGAUAACCACACAGGGAGAUAAAUGCUUAUUAUAAUUUUAGUCUGGACCACUAGAGAUUGAAAAUUGGUGCUAGAAAUGCAUAAUUCUUUGCUGUUGUUAGAAAUUGAUAGGGAGGCCCUGCAGUGCAGCUUCAGAAAUCUAGCCACAGGCAAGCUCAGAUGAAUGGUUGACAACACAGAGAAGUCAAGUGUUAUGAUCUGCUUUCACCUGUUUCCUAUCCCUCCUGAGUUCUUGACACUUUUCCAGAUGCAGCCGUUGCAAUCCUACAUGCCUAUGAACACACUGUUUCAGUAUGACACUCUCUCUCUCUCUCUCUCUCUCUCACACACACACACACACACACACACACACCCCUAGGUGAUACCAAAGGUACUAAUGGUCAAAUUUGACAUCUUGGCUCCCUGACAAUAUGUGUGAGUCUUUCUGAAAUGUUAUACAUGAAGGUCUCACUAUCGAACACAAUGCAUUCACAGGGUAUUGUUAGGCAAGCAUUUGUAUGACGAGGCAACAAUUUCCAUUGAUCUGUACACGGGGAAAUUUCUAAUCCGUUCCUGACCACAGAAUUUUGACUCCAAAAAGGGGGUGGGGACAGGAAAACCCUGUGAAACCUUGCAAAAGGCAAAUGUGGAAAUGAAAAAUUCUCUCUAAUAUGACCAGUCCCUCCCCCUUCCUACCUCUUCCCUCUUUCUCACCCAUGGUUUCUGGCAAAACGGCUAUUGCGGACCAACAAAACACAAAAAGUAAGGCUUGUUUAAGGCUGCUUAUUUGUGUACAGUAUUGCACACAGGUCCAGUUGUUUGGAUAUCUGAAUCUGCAGUGUGUUUAUAGUGAGGUUUGGGUCCUACUUCCUCAAGUUUGGAUGAGUGAAAUUUGGGUAGCAGGACCUGCGUGUACAUAUAUAAGAACAAGCAGGCUUGCAGCCACUAUGUCAAAAAAAAAGAAAAAGGAAAAAAAAGGCAAGGGCUCUGAAGAAAAGGUUAUCUGCUGAGUAAGGCUGGUGCUAUCCAUCUCAUUCCAGAGUAAAGCCUGCAAAAAAAUUAAAUAUUCCCGACAUUAUAUUUUGAGCUCCCUGCUGUGUUCGCCAUCUACAAACAUCUUAUUGGGGGAGAGAAGAUAACUGUCCCGUUUGAUAAGCCAUUCAGGGUUAUCAUUAAAUUACAAGUGGAACGACGAGAGUGCAUAUAAUCAUAAAAGAAAAUUGAACUGCAUUAAAACGACCCAUCCAACCACCCCCACCCAGCCCUCAGUCUGGGAGGAUUAGUGCUAAAAGCCAUUUCUGCAAUCACAGACGAUAUCUUAACCCUUUGCACGCUACGUGCAUCCCACACAUUUUAAACAUCCUCCUGUUCUUGUCAGUGAUUCACAUAAUACACCAGAGAAAUAGUGUGCAGUCCUCACAUGGUAUCUUAAAUUGUCAUUUUAGAUUUAUUUACUGGUUUAUAAGGUUAUUUUUGUUUUACAAGCAGUGGACAAAGUAUCUCUGUAGCUUACGAUGUUUUAAUUGUGGCUUUAUUUGUGUGUAUAUACACACAGAGAUAACUAUAGACACAUGUGUCUCCUUUUUUGUAUGGUGCCUUAGGCUCCAUAUUGAAGGAAAGUUGGGCCAAAGUCCAACUAAUAGAUUAAAAAGUGGUGUAUAAUAAAUCAGUAAAAGUCAUACCAAUAAUAAUAAUAAAAUCCUAAUACAUGAACACAGCCAGCCAUAUAGGCAGCAGAGCGCACACAAAAGGCAACCUUAACAUAUGAAGGGUAAGGAGAAUGGUAAGUAACAAAAGACUAGGGUAAUGCAAGUACUUAAUGCAGUGUUUACAACUGUACAGGAAUGCAUUCUGCCACAUGCCCAGAAAAAGAGAACCCUGGAGUUUUGGUGCCACUACUGAGAAGGCUUCAUUUUAGGUGCCCAUCAACCAACCCCGAGGGCAAGGAACCACUAACAGGACAUCAACAGAGCUUCUUUGAUUCCUAUGAUUAUAUAAGGAUCUGGUUUCUUCAAGUAUUGAGAGACGACAAUGUUCCAUUGUCCUUAGACCUGGAGAUGGAAGAGUCUUUGUUCAUUUAUGGCCUCCGUUCUUUUAUAGAAAAAGAGAUCGUGCUUGACUCUCAUGCUUUCUUGAACUGUGGGAGCACGUACAUCCAUAAUGCACUCAAAAGGCUGCUUAUGUUUAUAAGUGAAAAUUUUAAAGGAAGAAUGGGUUAGGCUGAUGCAAUUAAAGGACAGAAGUUUGUUUGUAUUGUGAAUGUUCUGCUUAAUCCUAAGUCACAAGGGUUGGGGGGGGGGGUGUCUUGAGCCUUGCUGCAGCCAGCAUCUGUAAUGCACAAAUCACCUCUGCAUACAUGCACAGAGGUUUUGUGCGUGUGCACGCCCAUAUGUGCACAUGUCUGCAUUUCUCUUACUGUGGGAAAAUGAACUUGCUUUCAGUUACCCUAUGCAUCUGACCACUCAGCUGAUCAGUAGAACAUUGUGGUAAACCACAGCUAAGCUUCAGAGAUCUUUUUUAGAACAUAGUUCCGGUAGGACUGGAUGGUACCUCUUGCAUCACCUGCUCCUGCACCAAUAUGGCCUUCCUUCCUCAUCUUUUAUCUUUUCUGAAGAUGGUUGCAUACUCCCUGAUAACACCAUUAUGACAAACACACAUCAAAUCUUUCUUUGAUUACCAGCCUAUAGCUUCUCAGUUGGGUUACAUGUGCACGACAAAGGAUGCAACCAAGUGCACAAUCUGCAGCUUAGUUAAUGACAACGGAAGGUUUGAAAACAAAAAUGCAGUACGCUGAUUAAAUAAAGAGGAAAACUGUGUUGCAAGUUGAGUAGGAUUUAAGCAACAGCAUCACACAAGAGCAUCCGAACAAACAAGGCUUAGAUACGUGAUUUCUCAGUUCUUGCAAGAUCUUACCAUGUAGACUUAUGCUUAUGUUCAAAUAUAACAAUGCUGCUGUAAAUAAAUAAAUGAGGGUAAUGUAAGUAGUAAUGAAUUAAAAUAAUAAGGAUUCAUAAUUUAAGAAUUUGGUGCCCAGGAAAAAAAAUAAGAUUUUUUAAAAAUGUACAGGUGUAUGUUAUGAUUUUAUGAUACUGUAUAGGUGGGAAAUUUCAGGCCCAGAAUCCAAAUACAGCCCCCUCAGUCAUCUCUUACAGGGCCCUCAAAACUCCCUCUAGGGCACAACCCUCUCCCAGGACUGGGGCAGCUCCCUCAAUGGGGCAGAGAUCCCACUGCUGCUUAUAUGAGGUGAUGGCAAGGCUGGGGUUGCCCAGGUGCACCAGUAGGAGUACUGGAUUGGCUCUGCUGAUGCACCCACACAACACCAACCUCACUGCCUACUCCCAGUAAACAACAGAGAUGCCACUGCCAGGAGGGUUUCGCUGUAGCUUCACUCCACUGGGUGAGCCAUUACACCAGGGGAAAUUGCUUUGCAAAAAUAUGUACAUUAAGGCAAAAUUACAUACACACAAAAAAUGUGAUAUAUUAGAUAUUAGUAUCUUAGAGCUUUUCUCCUUGCAUUACUUUAUGCUGUUAUGUGCUCUGCUGAUGCAAAGCACUGCUCAUCCAGGAUAGAGACAAGCCGGCUGUACAAAGCCGGCUAUACUCCUCCAUUUCCAGCUUAACCAACUUAAUGCAAUGCAAUGCUUAGCUCCCUUAACAUGCCUUACAGAAUAUAUAGGUCAGCUUCUGCUGGAGUCCUCUGCCUUGUAGGGCCAGCCCCAGAACAAAGCUGUACAACCCAAUCUGCAUCCCAAAUGCUUGGGUCUGUGGUUUAUUAUUAUUCUGGCCCAGAUUCAACACAAGAAGUUUGUGGGAAGGAGAACCCUGGGAAUGGCAUGGGUGGGAGGAGAGGGGAGAUCAUUCCACCUGGCAAGCUGAAACACUUGAGCUUAUGGCACAAUCAUAAGUUGAAUUUGUCAUAAUGUGACUAACAUCCAGAUCUUUGACAUAUUUCCAUGUCCACUUGCUUCUAAGGACCAAACUAAAUGUGACACCAUUCACACAAUUAGCAAUUACAUUAAAAAUAAAAUUAAAGAUUAGGCACAAGGUCCCAUAUCUGGAUCAGGAACACAGUGGGUUAUGGUCAAAAGGCUGAAGUCCCUUUAAACCCUCCUACCAGAGUCUCCAUCUGGACUAGGGACCCCUAUUAUUUACUUCUUUUUUUAAAAAAAAAUGCUUUCAUGAUACUGCUAAUUGCUUGCAGGGUCAAUUUGCUGAUUGUUGUCAAGUUAUGGCUGGUUGGGUUAUUUCAACACUUGAGGCAGAAAAUCCCCCAGGGAAUGGGGAAUAUGAAUAUAAUAAACAACUAACAAUUUGCUGCCCUUUCAUGACACCCACAAUCUGUUGCCUGAGGCAGUUAGCUCACUCUGCCCAAUGGUAGGGCUGGCUCCAAUUGUUCGAAUAGUGUCACAUCUUGUUUGGGCCUCAAUAAGUGUGCUUACAAUGACUGGCUCUAAAUCUGCUUAGAUUCUAAGUAUAAUAGUAAAUGGAGAACUAAUUCUCAUAAAUUAAAACUGCUCAGGUCCGUCCAGUCCGUGUCACUUUGGAGCUUGGAGUGGAAAACCAAAAUGGCCCAUAAAAACUAAUUAGCAGAGGACACGAUCCACCAGAAAGCCCUCUUACGAGAAUGAGAGCUUUGCAAAAACAGGACUACUUCCAACCUAGUUCCUAAGCCUGUGUCUUCAACUAAGGGAGUUAAAACAGAGUUCCUCCCAAGCAAAUGUGCAUAGGAUUUCCAUCUGAAAAAGCAAGGCAGAACAGAACUAUUUGCAUGUCGGAAGCACACAUCCUGAAUCAAGCAUAGCACCCACAUGUUAUGUCAUAUUCCCUUUCAACCAGGGAUGGGGAAAAAACAUUUGAGUCAUUUCACACUUAAAGGCAACCCCCCCCCCUUUGCAUUUUUCGAAACAGUACUUGAACUGAACCGCAGCCGUCCUUCAAAAUUGGCACUUCUCUAAAUUUUGCAAUGCACUUAUACGGCCAAGUAAUGUGUACAAAAAUGCAUAUAUUUGUGAAAAGGAUAUAGGAAAAAAUGCAUUAUAUCAGGGGAAAUUGUUUUGCUAAAACAUGUAGGCAUGGAAAAACUUGUAACAAGAAAUUCGCACAGAAAUGCUGGUAUGUUUUUAUGAGGACUACUGGGGUGGGGGAGCCAUAGACUGCUGUUGGAAAUGGAGAGAACUGAAUUUCAGGUUAGAAAAAUGAGGAACUGAGAGGCACUGAAAUUGACAGAUUUGCCCAUCUCUACUUUCAACAUAACCGUGUGCCAGGACAUGUGAAAUGCAAAAGGGGCAAAAAAAAAAAAACCCAAGCCUUGCACUGCUUAUUUUUGCAGGGGAAACAAGCAA